CCGCCCCCCGCUCCCGGCGGCCGCCCCCGCCCGCUGCCGCCGCCGCGCACCCGCAGCAGCGCCCGCUCCGUCGGCGAGCGGCAGAGGCAGCCCCGGCAGCUGCGCCUGCCCCGGCCCGCGGCACCCCGCGCAGAUUAGAAACAAAAACAAUAGAGGAAAAUCGGCCCCCUGGAUCUUAGCCUUGGCCUUUUGCAAGCAAACAGAAGUGGAGCUGUCAGGCUUUGCAUGUCAAGUAGCCACUCGGCUGUUUGACAGCUUCUGGGUUUCAACCCCAUUGGGAUUGAGGCAGCUCGGGAAACCAUGAGCGAUGAGUCCUGUCAUCUGCUGACGCUGCUCUAGCACCAUGGCAGACAGUCCAUGAUCUGACAAGAGGAUCCGUUCUAGGGAGGCAGCGCUGGGAUCGGUAAUUGGCUUCCUGGGAAACUACAGCUGGUGGAGAGGAUGUAAAAAGAAGCGCACACGCACUGGGAUAUUGCUACAGUCUUGCCAAGCUGGUGGAUCCAAUUGGAGGUUUUUCUCCCGGUUUGGUAAUGUUGGCUUUGGGGAAAAUUUCUGCUGACUCACCUGCUCCCAGACAUCUUUUGGGAAGCCUGGCCCACCAGUGAAGAGUCCCAACGGUGCCUUUCCCCUGCUGCAGGACCCCUCUGGUGGCCCCUGGCACCUCCCCACGCACAACCCCCUCCUGCAGGGCACCCGCAGCCCCCCGCCCCGGGGAGUCCCCCACAGUGACCCCCGCUCCCGGGGCGGGGGUGAGCGUGCCCAAACCUCCCUGCGCGGCCGGUGCCCGGCAAGAUUUUACCCUGUCUGCCGCCGGGGCCCCAGUGCCGCCCCCUGCCGGCCCUGCCGCCCCUCUCCCCCGCCCCAGGCCGCGCAGGAUGGGGGCGGCGCUGGUGCGGCGCGGGGGCUGCCUGCUGCUCUGGCUGGCCCUGCUGCUGGGCUGCUGGGCCGAGCUGGGCAGUGGGAUGGAGUUCCCGGGGGCAGAGGGCCAGUGGACCCGCUUCCCCAAGUGGAAUGCCUGCUGUGAGAGCGAGAUGAGCUUCAACAUGAAGACACGCAGCUCCAGCGGGCUGGUGCUCUACUUUGACGAUGAGGGCUUCUGCGACUUCCUGGAGCUCAUACUCACCCAGGGUGGGCGGCUGCAGCUCAGCUUCUCCAUCUUCUGUGCUGAGCCUGCCACCCUGCUCUCCGACACGGCGGUCAACGACAACCUCUGGCAUGCUGUUGUCAUCCGCCGCCACUUCAAGAACACGACGCUGAUCAUUGACCGGGCCGAGGCCAAGUGGGUGGAGGUGAAGUCCAAGCGGCGGGACAUGACUGUCUUCAGUGGCCUCUUCUUAGGGGGGCUCCCGCCAGAGCUGCGGUCAGCGACGCUAAAGCUGACACUCUCCUCUGUCAAGGACCGGGAGCCUUUCAAGGGCUGGAUAACGGAUGUCCGGGUCAACUACACGCAGGCGUCACCGGUGGAAAGCCAGGAGGUGCGGCUGGACGAUGAGCAGAGCCGCCUGUGCGCCAGGGAGGACGUCUGCCUCAACGGGGGUGUCUGCUCGGUGCUCAAUGACCAGGCCGUCUGCGAUUGCUCCCAAACAGGCUUUCGGGGGAAGGACUGCAGCGAAGGUUUUAAAACUCUACUCCCACUUAGACGUCCUAGCCCCAGCCGUUAUGUUUUCUGAACUUCAAUCAGGAAGCAUCCUUUCCACAGGGCCCAUUCCCAGCAGGGAAGCUGCUUAUGGAUGGACCCUUUUCCUGCUCCAAAACUCAGUACCUGGACCCAGCACAGGCUACAAAGGUUCCAGUGAUGGGGAGACCUGCUCAGGCUGAAGUUUAAGUAUGCCAGUAUUCAAACAAUCUUAAAGGAGUUUCCUGAUAAAAUCCAAGACAUCUCCACUAACAUUGUACAAACAUAUUUUUUUGAGAAAGUUUGCAACUUGAACAGAUUCUGUUGGGUUUCCAAAGGACUGGCAGGAGUCUUAACCCUGAAAGUCAAGUUGCUCCUGCUCAAAUGGUUUUUAUAUUUCUGCUUCAAAAUAAGACUGAAGUCAAAAAGAAUCAGAAUGGAAAUGAAGCUUACAUAGAGUUUCCUUGGGGAGAUACUACUGCUAACAUAAAUGUCAGGUUUUCAGUUGAGUUGUUUUUUGUGACUAAAUCAUAUAGGUGUUUUAAGACUGAAAAAGAAGACUUCCUUACUAUACUGGGUCUCUCUCUACUUUCUUUAACUGGUCUUCCUCUGUAAUAAGUGUAUCUUUGAAAGAAAGAAAGACGAAAGACAAAAUUGUUUUGGUACAUUUCAGAACUGUUUUUCCAAGGAAUUUAUUAAGUUUUAAAAAUAAAAUACAAACAUUGUAUUUGCACAUUUGCUUGCUCAGUGUUGCAUUAAAAUCUUUGCCUAAACAUAUUUCUUAAAGUCUUCUGUAAAAGUUUUAUGUGAGGAAUAACAUAGCCAUAAUACAAUAUUCCAUACGCAACAGCAGGAAUGUAGUGUUAAUCUUUGACCUAAGCAGCUAGUUUUUUUAAGAUAGUUGUCUUUAUAAGAGCUGCAUCUAUUAAUGUCCCAGGAACUCUAAACACACCUUUAUUAUUUGUCACCCUCAUUAUUUAUAGAUUGUUACAUUCUCUACUUGAAAAAUCAGCAGCUCUUUGUUUGUGUAUUCAAAAAAUUAUGAAGGUUAAAAUAUUUCUUUUACCUUUUUCAUGAUUUAUAUUAUAUCCACUAUGUUAUACUAUGUACUCUUUUGAAUGUAAAGCAUACAAAUAAAAAGCUGUUAGUGCAGUGGAAGGUGAAGACAGGGUGAAGUCACAGUUGAAUUCCCAAUAAAUUUCUUUAUGAUCAUUUCAUGCACAGAUGAUCCCACUGUAUUUGGUUGGAUUAUUUGUGUGGAUAAUUUUAUCCCCUUGGUCCCCAAUAUAAAUUAAUGUAUAUACAAAUGUGCUGUGGAUAACCAUACUUAUUUUAAUAAUACAACUACUUACAGGCAUAUGGUUAACCUAUAUGUUACCUCAUGAUAUUUAAUCACCUGGUGACAUGUUCAGGAAUAUGAAACAUCAUUACUCCCACUGAUUUAAAUGGGACUAUGUGUGUUAGAAAGAAUAGAAAAUGAAAGUUUUUAAAAGAAAAAAGUUCAGUAGCCCAUAAAGAAGAAUUGAAAAUAAUGGUUUAAGCAUCAUCAGAUACAAGCUAAACUGCAGAAUCAUAGACAACAAUUAAAGUAUUUUUAUUUAUAAAUUUUUAGAGACAACUAUUAAUAUUUUAUGUGUUAUAAUUAUUGUGCCUCAUAUGUAGUUUUACUAGCUUUGUCUUUAGAAAUACCUUUUUAUUAAUAAUAAUGGGUUUAAAUUCAGAUGUCUGUAUGCAUAUAAUUUUUGUUCAAGCUCAAGGUAUGUGUCUUUUACUGCCUCUCUGUUGCAUUUUCUGUAAAACAAUUGCAGUGCUAUUUGUUUAGGAAAGCUUAAAUUUUGCAGGAAAAUAGUACCAGUCAGAAAUCCCAGUCCUAUCUAACAUCCCUAAAGGCUGUUUAUUGCUAAGCAAUGCAGGGAGUAUAAUGUAAUGCACUCUGAUUUUACUGUCAUAUAAAAUAUGUCCCUAGCUCAGCAGUACUCAUCUGCAAACUUUUAUUUUUUGUUUUGAAGCACAGUAGAUAGUACACAAAGAAGGAACCAAAAGUUUACUAGCCUAAUGGGACUGUAGUAUAUCAAUAAAGAUUAAAUGUGUUGAUGACCAUCAUUUAUUCUACUACCUAUGCUUACCAGACUUCUCAAAAUAUCAGCUUCAUGAUUAUUUACAACAUUAAUGUAUUUCAUAAACUGGCUAAAAUCUCAAUUUAAUAAGAUUUUACAAUUGCUAAUGUGCCAUCUCUGGGAUUUAUAUAAGUAAGAUUAAAAAGAGGUGCAAUUAUUAUGUCAGGAAUUUUCAUUCACUUGAAAAACACGCAGUGAAGCUGAGUGGUCUAAUUGCAGCUAAGAGAAGUAAACCAUAUAGCCACAGCAUGUGAGGUUACUUCAGCCCCCAUACACAUACUUGGAAAUCAUGCCGCAGCUUGGUCCUGUUACGGUGGUUUCAGUAAAGAGAAAUAAUUUUCUUGGGAGGACUUUGUUAAAUCCAGAUCAUUUGGAUAGAGCAGUUCCUCAUGCAGAUAUGCCAGUUAAUCUGAAGAGGCAAAUAUAAAGGAGUUUUCUGAUAGCGUGCAUGCAGUAAUUUAAGGGAAGCCACGGUCUUCACCUGCUCAGCUACGAGAGAGGUGGGAAUGUGACUCUUGCUUACAUCUCUUUUAAGUUCCUGUCUAUGUAGCUGUGAUUUAUUCCUCCAAGCAUUACUGAUUGAGUUCUAGCCAGAAAAAAUAUUUAAGGAAUUUAUUGGAAAUAGUAUGUAAACUUUCUGUGAUUUGGAAAGAAUUUUUUCUCUUUUAAAGAAGUCUGUUAUCAAAGAUAAGUAAGGCAAAAUUAAUCUCCAAAUAAGCUUAAUAUCUAUACUAUACUAUACUAUACUAUACUAUACUAUACUAUACUAUACUGUACUGUACUAUACUGUACUAUACUGUACUAUACUAUAUCAUAUCUUAAUAAAAAUCAUGAGGAUUUUUCAGCUGAGCUUGGGGACUGGACCUCCAUUUUCUGUGAGCCAGUGCAUCACUUUUAAAUCAAAUCUCUGAAACACUCUCAGUAUUGAAAUUUUCAUAGCUGUCAGAAAUAUUUGGAGAGUUGCUUUCCUUUUAGCUUCAUUUCAAAACAUAUUCCUGAAUUAUUUUUUUAAUGAAGUAUUUCAGCUAAGUUUCAAUAUGACUUAAUGUUCUCUCUGACCUUAUGCAAAAUGUAGCCUGGAAAACUGUUGAUAAAGUAAGAGGCUGUCAGUGUUGUUAAAAAAAUCCUUUGGUAACCAAAUAGAUGAUAUCAGGAAAAGGAUGUAAAAAACCAAUCUGAAAUGUUAUUAUAGUUGUAUAUCACACUUAGCCAAUUUUCAGCAAAUUAUUGGUUAAUGAAUGUAGUGUGUGUUGCCUGCCUGUCUCUGAAGGGCAUGCAACAGUCUCACCAUGAGUCUCAUCCUACACUUCUUAUUGCUGCAGGUUCUUAAAGCAGUUUUCAUUUGGUAAGAAUGGUACACUGAUUAAUAUAUGACCAGCAGCAAGUUAUUCUCCAAAAUGUUGGAUUCUUUCAGAAAAUAAUUUUAAUUGUGAUAGUGACCUUUGGUUCUUGGGUUUUGCAGUUGGAUUUUGCUUUUUGCAGAACUUACUAUGGUUAAGAAAAAAAUAUUAUGAAACAACCCUUUGGAUACAGAUAUUAUUUCUUCUUUAAAAAAUGGAUCCUUCAGAAGUUAUUACAUCAGAUGGAUGGUAGACAUCUGGAAGCAUAAAAUGGAAAAAGGGAGAGAUGAAGGACUGAGAACUAAUUAAGUACUGGAAAUGGGAUUUGGAAUUGCUAUUUUAUUUUCAAAAUUCUAUUACAAGUUCUUUAUAUAUCUCAAGUAUUUAAUCUCCCUCACAAUUUUUCAUCCCUAAAAUAGGGCUAAUAAUAUUCACUGUCCUUUUAUGAUUCCCUGUCUGCUUUGUUUAGCAAUAUCUGAAAUUUCAGAGCGUAUUUUGCUUUAUUCCUACGAAUACAUGCUACAAGAGAAGUGGAUUUUACUUGUGUGUUUAGAUGUUACAUAUUAUAUACAAUAUUGAGCUGUGGCUGAAAUACAAGCGAUGGAGCAAAAGUAAUGAAUAAAGUUUUGUAAUUUAGAGCGUUCCAGAUUUAGGGUGUUCCAUAUAUAUUCUUUAUAAACAUUUCUCACAGCAUAGCAUGGUAACAAGAUCUGUUAACAAGAUUAAAAUUUCCUUGAGUAAAAUGGUAUUUAUAAAAGGGUCCUUAACGAAUUAAUUUUAUCUCCUUUGCAAGCAAAAGCAAAGAUACUUUUUCAGAAAUUAUCUGAAGACCUACUACAAUACAUGUAAGGUUAUAUUUUCUUGGGGUAAAAGUCAGAUGAUAAAAAGAAUUUUCCUAAGCAUACUGCACUUUAAUACUACUUGCUGAUGCUAUUGCAUGAAGGAUUUUAGAGCUUUCUUGCAGAAAGUGUUUAGCAAAUGUCAAUAGAAUGUAAAGCUUUAUACCUGCAGAAAGGUGUAAUGGCAGAAACAGUGAUUUUCAUUAAUACCUGGUUAAGUAAAGGCGGUUCUGAACAACACAGACUGAUUAGCUCGUAAAGAGAGAAACACUUUUGUAAGUUUCUAGCCUUUUGGUUCUUCUGCUACUAGGAAUUAGCCUACAAGCAUAAGAUGAAUUCAUUCAACUAUUUCUGAACUGAUAUGUACAGAGUAACUAGAGGGCAUUUUUUUUUUCCAAAGCACAGAAUGUGCUUUCUCACCUGCCUUGAUGUCUAUAGGAUCUUGCUGACAAACUUUCUCUUGUGCCUUUGGAUGCUGUACCAGCUCCGAGAAGAAACCUGGCACGCUACAUAGGUAUUCUGCAAGAAUGCUAAACUAUAGCAGAAUAUAUGAAAAAAAAAACCCGAACAUCCCUUCUGUCAUCCAUUACCAGACUAUAUUAUGUGUGCAUCACACUGCUUUCCGUUCUCUUUCAAUUUCAUAGCUGUGUGUGCUGCCACUAUAGGAUCACUGGAAAUAGUGUACAUAUUUAAUUAAACACUUUGUGUUGUAUCUGAUACACCAUUCCUGGACAAUAAAUAAACUACUCUUACUUUGAAACUACUUCUAAUCUCUCAAAACUUUCAGAAAUCCUAAUAUUGUAUUUCUUUAUUUGCUAAUAAGAUUUGUAUGUGCCAAAAUUCUAUUGCUACCUUUGUAAGUACUUCAAAGUACAAGAAGAUCAACUAUUUUCAAUUAUGGUCUUGGAAAAGGAACUACAGGUUCAAUUUCCUUAGAAUAGUAUAAAAUAUAUAUUUCCUUUGUGAAGAAACAUAUGAAAAUAAUUUUUCCUCUCUAUUUAAUGUAUCUUGCAAGGCACAUUGCAAUGCAAUUCUAUUUCAGCAAAUGUUGAAACAAGACCUUUUUUUCUUCUUUUGGGAGAAAAGAGACUUGCAUUUUUAUUCUACUGAAAUUGCUUGCUGAUGAAGAAAAUGGAAUUUGGGGGAAUGCAUCAAGUUUUUUCUGUGCCCUGGCAUAGAACAGUCUUUAGUAGACAUCAUUCAUAAAAAAAAUUUUGGGAAUAUUUAAGUAAAACAUGGCAGUGAGAGAGACAAGAUUGUAUGCUUAUUUAGGAUUUCCUUGUGCCUCCCAUAAAAGCUCUCAGAAUAUAAGAAGAUUUCAAGCUGUGAAAAAUAUAGUAGAAUGGUCAUUAGAUUUGGGAGUUUGAGUUCUCAUCAGGAGAUUUUGUAAAUUUCUUUAAGAACAAUACUAAAUUUGUGAGUGAUGUUUAAAUCACUUGUCAGCAAUGAAAUACAUAAAUCUUUGAUUGGUUUAUCUUGGCACAAACUCUGUGUUCUCUUCUCAGUUCCACCGAGUAAUAAAUUGCACAGUGCAAUUUCAUUUGAGGACCAACCUGAGAUAGAAUAAAAUCGUAAAGGUUUUAUACUUACUCAUUAAUUGAUAAUAAUGUGUUAACCUUCAGAUGUCUGAGUCCUUUGGUUCUUAUAUUUGGGAAUCUGAUUUUUUAUAUUCAGUCUUCUUUAAAUGUCAGUGGAUGUGAGUGUCAUACCCAAAUUUUGCCUGGAACUACUUCCUCUCAAAAAAUACUAGCAGUUUUGGUUUUAUUUGCUCUAAUCCCUAUGCAAAGAUGUUAAGGCUGAUUAGGUUAUUCUUGCGUGAAAUAUCACUUUAUUGUAUUUUUAGAAGUUCUACUAUAUAAAAAUCUUUCAUGAGCUACCUGGCUUAAACAGCAUGACUGUCAAAACUUUCUAAGUAUGGCUACAAACUUUUUUUUUUUAUUCCUCUUGUGGUAUAUACUGUAUUUGCAGUGCAUUCAAAAUAUAAGGAUUAAUGGGCUAUUGGGUUCUGUACUAAAUACAUCUUUAGUAUUAAAUCUUUGUUGCACUUAAAUCCAUGAGAAUUUUGCCAUUGACAUGAUUUGUUUGUGGAGUUAGUGUUAUGGUUUCACCCAUUCUGAUGUAUGAGAGCUCUCUUCGGCCAAACAAUAAAAGGAAUUUGUCAUUGGUUUUGCUCCUAAUGAUCUCAAAUGCUUGGAAGCCGUCUUAAUUGUUCUUUACAGUUGUAUUACUCUUUCUGGCACAUGUGUGUGAAAGAAAGAGAGAAAAAACAGAAGUUAUAAAUUUUUCUGAGGAAUUGUACGCAUGCAUUUUUUAUUCCUCAGUAUCCCACUUAGAUCUAGAGAUAAGAUCUAAGUUCUUUUUAGUUUGUUUCCACAAGGACCUUGUUGAUUUGGCUUCUCCAUGAAGGAACAUUAUUUUCCUUCAUUUUUCUUUUUGACAAGUCAGGGUUGUGGGUUGUUGUUUUUUGUGGUGUUGUUUUUUGGGUUUUUUUGGGGGGGCGGGGGGAACGAAGCUGUGUUUGUUUUUUGGAGAACAAUUUCUCGUUAAUGAAAUAGCAACAGAAUAAGAAAUUCUGCAAGACCCCAUUACAUUACUAACAGUGCUUUUUUAGUACCUUAGGGGAUAAAUACCUUGCAGUGGCAGCUCCAUUACAGUUUUCCACCAAAAAAAAAGUAGUUGUCAAGCUAAAAAUUUAUGUUCAUUUUAUAGAGUGUAUUCAAAAGUAAAAUUUCAUAUGAAAGAAUUACAAAUUAUACAUAAUAAGGAACAUUCAAAGGAGAAUUCUUACACAAUACCUGUGAAAUUGAAACAAGAACUUUACUUUGUGGAGCAUUUCUCAAUGAAUAUGAUAUGUCUGUGCUAUGAAAAGAUAAAAAUUGGUUUAAGCAGUUGUAUGAAAAAAAGAAAGAAGUACAUACCUCUUGUUAUGGAGAUACACCAGACUUCUGAGUGACAAAAUUAAGGAGGUGUUUUAAGCUUGUUGAUUAAAUGUCAGUAUAGAAACCAAAGAAAAUGAAAGAAAUCUACCACUCAGGUGUGCUCUUCAAAGCAGCAAAAUGGGAUUCACAGUUCUGUGAGAGACAAGAUUGCUGGAAAAAAAGAAGCUCUCCAAGGGGACCUUCAAACUGGCCAUUUCAAUGAGUUGCCAUUCCUGGGGAAAUUAUCAGACAAACUAACCAUAUGGCCAGUCUGGAGCAUGUGAAAAAAUAGUGGUAAAACAGCAGGAUACAGUUGGACUAUACACUGUUCUACUCAGAACAGGUGCUUUCACAUUAUAUUUAUAUAGUGACAAAGAACUAGGAAUUGACAGCAAUUAAGGUCAGAAUUUGAUAACAGCACAGAAUUUAUCUUAUCUUGGAAAGUCUGAGCUAUAAGGUAAAACUUUCUUAAAUAAUAUGCUGAAACUUAAUCUCUAAACAGGCAAAGAUUGUUCUGCUUUAUUUUUAUUUGUCUCUCUAUCAAAUAAAAAAGGGCUCACCCCAGUCUUAAUUUACAUUUGUCUCUUCUUCUAGCUGUACACUUCAAUUUUAUUUUCUCAUUCCUCUUGUUUGUACUCCUUUUGCUUAGCAUUGCAUUCUCUCUUCUCUUUGGCUUUGGGAAUCAAAUAAAGCAGCCAAAAAGCAACAAGUCCAAUAACUUUCCAUUUUAUCUAGCCUUGUUUUAUCAAACAGAAUGGUUUGUGUAUCAGAGCACACAAACAGAUCCUUCUACCAAGAUACAAGUCCAUCAUAACAGAAGGCAUUUGCCCUCAUUUCAGUGUAAAAUUCUGUGUAUUAAUUGCUUUUGGCUUUGCAGCAUGUGAAGUUUGGACCUGUGUAAGGGUGAUUAUUUAAUCUGAAUUUAACAACUACAUUUGAAAAGACAGUAGUUUCUAUACAUACUGCAAGACCAGUAUCUCUAAGAGGUUCCAUUUUGUGUUAAUCUAAUGAUCUAACUUGGAUUUCACCUGCCACAAAUUUCAUGUUUUGGGAAAAUACCAGAUGAACUGGUCAAGUUUUUAUUAUAGCAUCACUAAAGGCCUUCCUCUAAAUGUGAACAUUUGUUAAAAUGUCUUACUAACUUUACUACUGGACUAUGCCAUAUAAUCUUCUGUUCAGCAUGUCUACAAUCUGCUUUUGAGAUCUGUCUGUCAGCUUCACAUAUUACAGUACAGAGUGUUACAUCCUCCUUCUCUUUUACUUAAUGUGCCAUUCCAAUUUACAAAGAUAUACCUGUUACUAUCUACUAUUCUUUACUAUUUUUUUAAUUUAAUGAAUAUAAUGGUCUGGUGAUCACAUUUUCCAGAAAUGACAGGAUGUCUGAGAUUCUCGUGCAGUUUCCUUUUAGCAUUCCUGAGUUAUCACAUAGUCUGAUUUGCAUUGCUGAUUCUUUUUUGAUGUUGAACCGCAUUCCACUAAAAUUUCCUCCCUCAGAUAUUUCAUUCUUACACUAAGUCAGAAUUAGUCAUAUUCCGUAUUGAAUGAUAUUUGACACAGUGAUAAAGAUAUGGAAAUGUACAUAGCAAUCAUAAUUGGUUUUAGAUGUCCUACAUUACUGCAGAUGACCUCUACAGUUUUGAAGGGUUUAUAGCAAAUAUUUUAUUCCUUUACGAUCUCCUACAGUGCCUUACCUCUCCCCUUAAUGCUAUGCCUUCUUAUUUCUGCUCCUUACAAACAGUCCCUUUUCCAUCUCUCCAUUUGUGUGUGGUGCUCCUUUCCAGUUUUCAGUGAUGUGGGUCUCUUCAUUUCAGCCUUACCAACUUUCCCGCCCAGCCCAUGUUUUUUUAUAAAGGCCUGGCUAAAGGGUUUACUAUUCAAGGGGCUUACUCUUCUUUAUUCAGUUUAUUUGUUCUUUGCCCAUUUUCCCCACUUUAGACCACUGUCUUUGGUAACUCCCUGUAAUGAUUUCUUUCUCACUCACAGUGAAACCUUUGAAGUUGUGUGUGAAGAAGUAAACUCUUUCUACCUUAAGGAGUAAUUCAUGUAACUUCUUUUUAUUGCUGUCUCCUAAGGUGGGAUUUAGAUUGCUUUAACAUGGUGUUGUGUUGUAAUGCUGCCUAAUGUAAUAGAGAAUGUGCUUCAUUAAAUACGUAUGGUACGAUUUCUUAUAAAUGUACCUAGAAAGUGACACAAAUGGAGGAGUACAGCACCAGGUCCUCCUGUUCAACAUUGUUAAUUCUGUUCAUAAAAUAAAUCCAUAUGCAGUAUUACAGAGCUCUCAUGUCUUGUAAGUCAGCUUGAAAACAAAACUGAAUACAACUUAUAUUGGAAAAGUUUAAAUUAAAUUGUCCACAGAAGCUAUUUCGGUGUCCAAGUUUGGAUCCCACACAGAAGAAGCAUGUAUGUGUUUUCUGCUGCACGCUCUGUAAUGCAGCUGCUGUUGUUUCUUGUCCUUUGAAGUGAUGUUUAAAUGUGCAGGCAGAGAAGCCUCACCAGCUUUGCAGAGGACAGCAAAUUCUCCAGGACAGACGGCUGCCUGGGAUUUCCAUGAAUUGCAAUCACCUGUGAAGAUCAGCAGAUAAAGCGAAUGCAGUUUCAUUCUAACUGAUUCUGAAGGCUAUUCACCUUUAGACCUGUGGUUAAAAAGCUAACUUUGCCUUUAUCUCACGAUCACUUCAGCCAGGGAGAGGUCCAACUGAACUAUUAACAAAAAAGAGCUAAGGCUUUAUUUGGGAUGUUUUCCCUCUUCAGUACCAAAAAGCUGAGGAAGUUAAACAAAAUUAGUCUAAAAAUCAGAGGAAUUAAUCAAUUUUCCUUACUAGCAACCCAUUAUACAUCACCUAGAAGAAAAUAAUAGCAAUGAGAAAAGGUCUAAUGAUGUAGCUUAUAAAUUGCAGGUUGCUUGUUUGUGAGACAUAAAAAUCGAUUAUAGUCUAUAUAGAAUAUAAUGGCAUCACUGAAAGUUUGGAAACACUGCCAUUAGAAUUCAUGAGGGUAUAUAAUUAGCCUUUCCCUCUGUAAAGAUUUUAUGUUAAUCAUUUGACAACGUGCAGUCCAGGUAGCCAGGUUAAGCUGGUGGGUAAUUGCGACAUGAUGCUGAAGCUAGAGGAAGCUGAGCAGCUCCUUGUGACAGAACUUCUAUCAAAUGUAACAGUGUUUUACCUGACAUUUCCUAUGGAGGCAGAGGAUUUUCUUUUGUUUUAAGUUUUCUCAUUGCCUAAGAAAGAACGCAGGGAAUGAUCCGUCCCCUAGCACAGAAAACAUAAUAAAAACAUGGGCUAAACUCUGUUUCUAACCUGAGGUAAUUAAGGAGGAAGAUAGUCAAGGUCCUUCAGCAUCAGCUAAUGAAGGAAGGAAGCAUGGCAGAACAUUGCAUGACUGUGCUCAGGAGAGAAGGAACACGUUUCUCCUUUCAACAUUUGAUCUUCUUUAACCUUUAAUUACAUCAGUAACUCUGUAUAUGAGAGGGGAAUUAUAAAAACCUGUUUCUCUAUGGGGAUAAAUAAUUUAUACAGUCUUCCAAUCCAGCAAUUUAAUGAGCCCUUAUGCAUGUAAACAAAGUUAUAACUCUUCUACUGCAAAGCUCUUCAGUAAAAUUUUCUGGGGUGAAGAAAGGCAGAAGUUUUGUACAGCUUCUUGAAUCUUACUUGGGUUUUAAAAAUGGUGAUCCUGCGGUAAUUGUCUUCACAGUUGUUAAAUUGCUGUUUGACCACUAUUAUGAUCUGGAGUCACCAAAUGUGUGCUUAGACUGUGAUCAUCUAAUGCUGUUUCCUGUAUAAUACAGGCCAAACAAUUUGAUCUAGUCAGUUCUUAAGGAAAGGAAAUUAAAAAAGAAAUUCAGAAGUAGCUACCAUAUAAAUCCAGGAGUUGAAAAGUGAAAAAGAAAGGGUUUAUUUUAAUUUUUUUAUAACUAAAGAUCUAUCUUAAAAGUUGAAACAGGAAUCAGUCUUCAGGAAAAUGUGGUGUGUAGAAUAAAGAAAACAAUGUGUCUCUUUACCUCUCACAUCUUUUACACCAUCUCUAGAUGAUCCCCCCUACUAUACUAUACUAACAGAAAAUCCACUUUGGAAAGCAUUAAGUUUUCUUUUGUUUUGAAGCACAAACUUAUUGAAAUAUGCCUACUGAUUAAAAUAUGGUUACACAUAGCUAAGCUGAGUGCAUUUUUUUUUAGUGAAGUGAAUCAUCAAUAGAAAAUUAUUAAGGAUUUUAAUGAAAUACUCCCACAAAAGCAUGUCAGUUGCAACAAAGAUUUAAUCAGAGAUAAUCCUCGUCUUGGUUUAGAAACAGUUGUAUCCCUGUAGAACCAAUACUUUAGUGGCUAGGACAUUUACCCCCAGUGACCUGUUUUUUUAAUAAAUUUAUGUGUAUCUAUGUACGAUUAUCUUUAGAAUUAAUUAUACCUACAUCUGCAAGUGCAUCUCCUAUCAACACAUACAAACAUGAACAUAUAAAUAUAUGAAAGGGAUCUAUUUUUCUUCUGGGUGAAAGCAAGCUGUAAAAGCCUUUACAUUUUUUUGCUUGAAGUUAAGUUGAAGUAUUAGCUCCAGUUGCAGAAUAUUGGAGAGAGGAUCCUUUAUCCUUUAAAACCUAGUAUGUUAUUCGUCAUGCUGUUCUGACAAUGCAUUUGCCCUUUAUUGUGGUAUUUAUGAGAAGGUCUUUUUUUGGAGCUAGAUGUAUUAUCAAGGUGCCAGGAGUGACUGGUCUCUCCCAAAGAUCAUGAUUUUUCAAUGGGCGGGCAGCAACAGAUAGGAUAGUGUGUGUACAAGGUGCAAAGCCCUAGGUCCAUUUCUCAUAGCCCUUACGGACUAAUUCACAGUAAUGAGUUUAUUCCCUACUUCCCUGUAGUCAUAAAACAAGAAAAAAAAAAAAAAAGACAAA